GCUUGUACUAGUUAGGUAUCAGGAACAGAACCAGAAUGGCGCCAACACCCCUCCGCCCCGGAGUUUACGCUCCGACAAUGACCUUCUUCGACCCCUCUACUGAAGACCUCGACGUGCCCACCAUUCGAAAACACGCCGUACGCCUCGCGAAGGCCGGACUCGUUGGCCUUGUCGCCAUGGGCUCAAACGGCGAAGCUGUUCAUCUCACACUCGAGGAAAAGCAGACCGUCAUCCGCGAGACCAGGUCCGCCCUCGAUGAGGCCAACUUCACGAACGUCCCCGUUAUCGCAGGUGCAUCUGAGAACAGCAUCCGAGGCACGAUUCAAUUGACGAAAGACCUUGCCGCUGCUGGCGCAGAGUACGCGCUUAUUGUCCCGCCAAGCUACUACCGCUACGCGACGGGGAACGACGAGACGCUGUAUGAGUACUUCACAUCCGUUGCGGAUGGGUCGCCCAUUCCUCUUAUUCUGUAUAACUACCCCGGAGCCGUCGCGGGAAUUGAUAUGGACUCAGACCUUAUCAUUCGCAUCUCCCAGCACCCGAACAUUGUAGGGACGAAGUUCACCUGUGCGAACACAGGAAAGUUGACCCGUGUUGCGAGGGCGUUGCAUGCUAUCAAACCUGAGUCACCGCUUGCGCCGACCAAGUCCCCGGUGCCUGUGACCAAGAGGGCUGCGAACCACCCCUAUGUGGCAUUUGGAGGUAUUGCCGACUUCACGUUGCAGACGUUGGCGUCUGGUGGAUCAGCCAUCCUGGCCGGUGGUGCCAAUGUUAUCCCUAAGUUGUGCGUCAAGGUGUUUACACUCUGGAGCGAGGGAAAGUUUACAGAGGCGAUGGAGGUGCAGAGUCUCCUUAGCCAGGCGGACUGGGUGCUGACCAAGGCUGCCAUUCCGGGUACGAAGAGUGCGAUUCAGUCUUACUAUGGAUACGGCGGGUAUCCUCGUCGACCACUGGCACGGCUUAGUGAUGCGCAGGUCGAGGCUGUUGCAGCUGGGAUUAAGGAAGCUAUGGACGUGGAGCGUACAUUGCCCGAUGUUGCUUAA